AUGUCCUCCGCCGCCGCGAACUCCGCGGCGUACUGGCGCAUCGCCGGCAUGAGCUAUCUCAAGUACGCCAACGCGUGCGGAGAGAUCGUGCGACAGAGCCUCAAGGAACCGUUCCUGAGCCAGGCAAAGGCGAGAGAGACGGUGUACUACAAGAUGACGGAAUUUGCGAGCGGGAAACCGGGGAAAGCGGUGAUCACGGAGGUGGUGCCCAAGUGA